CAGGACUAACUGUGAAACCGACUUCGGUUGGUUCAGAGACUGACGCUGAAACUAAAGAAACGGAGAUGAUCAGCCCCGCUGAGUCCCAGAUGAUAGCAACUGUCUUUUCUGUUCGCACCAGUAGUUCUGUUUUCUCUAGUGUCCAUGAGCGGCGGGAACGGCCGGUUGACUGGAUCAAUAUGCCCCUUAAUAUGUCCGGGGAAUCGACGAUCCCCCUCCCGAGUCACGUUCCCGCGGAAUUUCGGAAGUUGCUAAUCUGUGUAUUGAAUGGUUGCGCAGAAGUGCGGAGCGUGCAUGACAAUGACAUUGGGUUAACUAGUGUAAUUGAACAUGCCAUUCUCACGGGAGAUCAUCCGCCCAUUAGCUGCGCUCCCUAUCGAUACUCGUCAGCUCAACGAGUGGCCGCUUUUCAGCGGAUUAAGGAGUUCGAAGCUAAUGGAUGGAUCGAACCCGCUAUAGGACCAUGGUCCUUCCCUGUAGUGAUCAUACCUAAGAAGGCUGGGGGGAUUCACAUUUGCAUUGAUUAUCGAAAGUUGAAUGAUAUCACGAUUAAAGAUGUGUAUCCCCUCCCCCAGAUUGAUGAGUUAUUGGAUGCGAUUGGGAGUGCUCGAUUUUUCAGCAAGUUUGAUGUUCGUCAUGGGUUCAUUCAUCUUCUUCUCCGAGAGGAAGAUCGACCGCAAACAACGUUUGUGCUUUUCGAAGGCAUGUGGCAAUGGAUUCGAUGUCCGAUGGGUAUCUGCAAUGCUCCUGCAACUUUUCAGCGGGCCAUGAACAUGGCCUUUCAGAAUUUCGUACGGAAGACUCGUUUGGCACAGAGCAUCAUCAACUACUGCGUGAUUGUGUACAUGGAUGACAUCCUAGUGUAUUCGAGUUCUUAUGAGGGACACGUGCAACACAUCGAAUGGGCAAUGCAUGCGUUACGAGAUUCGGGUCUCAAGGUGGCGCUUGAGAAGUGUCAGUUUUUCCUCACCACCAUUUCUUUCCUAGGGCACGUGGUGACAGACAAGGGACUCCAACAGGAGCCGCAAAAGGUGGCAGCUGUCAGGGACGCGCCCGUGCCAACCACUAUCACACAAAUUCACGCCUUUCUGGGCCUAGCAUCGUAUUACCGAAGAUUCAUCAAGGGCUUCGCGGCAAUAGCGGGAUCCCUCACAAAUCUCCUGCGCAAGGAUCAGCCGUUGAUCUGGACGCCCGAGUGUGAUCGAGCGUUUUCCAAGCUCAAGGCUGCUCUCAUUUCGACUCUGGUCCUUAUAAGACCGGAUACCGAAAAGCCUUUUGUUCUCAUCACCGACUGGCAGCUAGAGGCGAUUUCGACGAUCCUUGCCCAGGUGGGACCAAGAGGACUCGAGAGUGUGGUGGAGUAUGCGUCCAAAUCAGUACCCGCCUGCAAGCGCAACUACGCCGCUCCGACGGGAGAAUGCUAUGCGGCUCUCUGGGGAAUCAGUCACUUUCGUGCUUACCUGUAUGGGCGAAAGUUCACCCUGGUGACUGAUCAUGAGCCCCUGUUGGCUCUGAAGAAAUCGAAGGAUUACUCGGGCAUGAUUGGGCGAUGGGCAACGGUGCUGCAGAGCAUGGACUUUGACAUCCGCCAUCGGAAGCACGAGAGACACGGGAACGCGGAUGGAUUGACACGGUUACACAAGCCUGAGAAAGUUCUGAAAAGUGAGGAGGUGAUCCCGUGGAACGAACCCGAGCAGAAAAUUGGACCUCAGUACGACCAAGUGGAGAUUUUGUCCAAGCAAACGAGCCACGUCACCACAACGGCGGGAUUCACCGGUGACAUCAGCUCGGUCAACCCGCAGAGGCAUACCGCGAUCUUGGCCUCGGUGCGCGAGUGGACGGAGCAAGUCUCCAACGUGUGGCAGCACGUCCUCGAUCGAGAAGGAUAUAACAUCAUUCCGAUCUCUGCAUCAGACCUUGACGGCAUUCGCCGAGCACCGCGAUACGCUACCAUCGCGGCGGAGUAUCUGAAGCCGUACGAGAUCAUCCCUUACGCCUUCUACCCGAGGGCAGAAGAAGUGGUGAUCGACGACUACGACAACGAAGAAGAAGACAACGACGAGGAAACAUCGGAGGAGGGAAGCCAUAGUGAACAUAGCGAGGGCGAGCUGAGUGAGGAGGAAGAGAAAGAAGAAGGAACCGGGUCCAAGAGGGAAGCCCCGCCGGAGGAAGCGAUGCGUACGGGAAUGAAGGCGGAAGAUCCGGAAGCGGCGUGAAAGUGCGAAGAGAUUGCCUCCGGAAAGCGCCACCUGGAGU